AUGAAGGAGAUCAAUGAGGACUUCCAGAUCUUACCUAAUGUCUCUCUUGGGUUCCACAUCUAUGAGAGUUACUACAGCCCAAGGAUGACCUAUCGCACCACUCUGGACCUGCUUUUCAAAUCUAAGGGAUUUUUUCCUAACUACAAAUGUGAUAACCAGAAGAAUCUCAUGGCCAUCAUUGGAGGGUUAGAUGCCUCUACCUCUUCCUAUAUGGCAGAAAGUAUAAAUCUCUUCAAGAUUCCACAGUUGACCUAUGGUUCUGUUGCUCAAGAAGAGUUCCAGGCUACUAAGUUAUCUUCACUUUACUGCAUGGUCCCCAAAGAAGAACAUCAAUACAGUGGUGUUAUACAGCUUCUGCUCCAUUUUGGAUGGAGGUGGAUUGGAGUCUUUACCUUUGAUAAGAAUAAGGGAGAACAUUUCUUGCAGAAACUGUAUCCUUUGCUUUCUCAAAAUGGGAUCUGCUUGUCUUUCACACAAAGAGUUCCACAACGAACCCAGUUUGAAGAAAUUUCAGAAUUAGUUGAUGUGAUCUCAACUAUUUCUAAUCAACUGAUAGAUCGGAAGGCCAAUGUUCUUCUUGUCUAUGGUGAAUCAUUCACGAUUCUGUGGCUCAGAACUGUUGUGUUUCUACGUGAUUAUGAAAAUAAAGAGAGUGCAUUAUUUAGAAAGUUUUGGAUCCUGAUGUAUCCAAUUGAUUUCAUACUGACAGGACUUCAAAGGGCUUGGGAUGUCCAGUUGUUCCAUGGGUCUCUUUCCUUUACAGUGCAUUCAAGAGAAGUUCAAGGCUUCAAAGAAUUUAUUCAAGUCAUCAAACCUUCAACCCACAAAGAUGGAUUUCUUCAAGAAGUUUGGGAGCAAUUGUUCGACUGUUCACUUUCAAAUGAAGAAUUACCCUCAAUGCCCAAUGAAACGUGCAGUGGAGAAGAGAAUUUGGAGACUCUGCCUGCUCCUCUGUUUGAGUUGCAGAUGACUGCCCAAAGCUACAGUAUCUACAAUGCUGUUUAUGCAGUGGCACAUUCAUUGCAUGAGGCGGUCAGAUCAAACUCCCAACCCAGAAGAAUUAAAAACUUUGAAUUUUCAAAUCUGCGGCCUUGGCAGGUACUUCCAAUUUCCCUGUGUAAUGAUCAUUGUUCCCCUGGAUACUGGAAGAAAGGGGUUGAAGAAAAAGAAUUCUGUUGCUACGACUGUGUUCCAUGUCCAGAAGGGAAGAUUUCAAAUCAAAAUGAUAUGGAUGACUGUUUUGAAUGUUCAGAAGAUCAUUAUCCAAAUAAAGAAAAGAAAGGAUGUAUCCUAAAAAUGAUGGUCUUUCUAACUUUUGAAGAAAUCUUAGGAAAUUGUUUAGCCUUGACUGCUCUUUGUUGUUUCUUCUUGACAUCUUGGGUACUUGGAACUUUUAUUAAGCACCAGGAUACUCCCAUUGUCAAAGCCAACAACCGGUCCCUCACCUACACCCUCCUUAUCUCUCUUCAACUCUGUUUUCUGUCCUCUUUGUUCUUCCUCAGCCAACCUAGCAAGGUGACCUGCCUUCUCCGACAACCAACUUUUGGCAUCACCUUCUCAGUAGCCAUUUCUAGUGUUCUGGCCAAAACCAUCACUGUAGUUGUUGCUUUCAUGGCCUCUAAACCAGGAUCUCAGAUGAGGAAAUGGGUGGGGAAAAGAUUGCCUUUUUGUACUGUCCUUUCCUGUUCUCUCUUACAAGUGUAUAUUUGUAUUCUUUGGUUGUCAACAUAUCCACCAUUCUCUGAGUUGGACAUGCAUUCAGAGCUCCAAGAAAUGAUUUUACAGUGCAAUGAGGGGUCAGCUUUCUUUUUCUAUUGUGUCUUGGGCUACAUGGGUGUCUUGGCCAUCGCCAGCUUUGUUGUGGCUUUUCUUGCCCGUAAAUUACCUGACAGUUUUAAUGAAGCCAAGUUCAUCACCUUCAGCAUGUUGGCCUUCUGCAGUGUGUGGAUCUCCUUCUUUCCAGCCUAUCUGAGCACAAAAGGAAAAGUCACGGUAGCUGUGGAGGUCUUCUCCAUCUUGUCCUCCGGGGCUGCAUUACUGGGAUGCAUAUUCUUGCCAAAAUGUUACAUCAUUGUUUUCAGACCUGGGCUAAACCAGAGAAAGCAGCUAAUAAAGAGGACUUAG